AUGGUAGAAGACACUGAAACCCAGGUUGGUGCCAGUACAAGGACCAAAGGAAGCAGGAAAGGCAAUAUGACCCAGGUGCGAGCUGACAAUGAUGCCACCAACAAGAAUGAGCUGGAGGUCAUCAACAACGAAGCUGACAAAGAAGCUGUCAUGGGCCUGAAUGCUCAAGAAGCAGGAGGGUCACUGGUUCAUAUGGAAGGAGCACAGUGCAGUCUCCAUGGAGACCAUGGACUCCUACAGACUCACAUGCAAAGGAGGACUGAGCAAUAUGCGAGGAGGGCCAGGCACAGCCAUGAGGAGGACCAAGCUCAAGGAGCAUGCAGAUGGUUACCACUCAGGGGCUCGAGAGACAAGAGUCAAAGGAACCAUCACCAGUCAAAGGAGAAGGAGCAGUGUAUAGGGAACUGGCAAGCAGGUCCUAAGGAGGAGGAGCAGUGUCGAAGGAGUCAACACCACUCAGGAGGCACAAGGGUGCCAAACAAGCAGGAUAGCAAGGAGGAGGAGCAGUGUCGAAGGAGUCGACACAGCUCAAGAGGCACAGGGGUGCCAAGCAAGCAGGAGAGGCCCCCUGAACAGUACUCGAUGAAGAAGGUACUCUCUGGAGAGAGAGCAGGAGCAGCGUCGCUGGCGAUGCUGUGA